GAGCUGGGCGGAAGCAGGACGCCGAGAGAACUACAUGCAGGAGGCGGGGUCCAGAGCGAGGAAUCUACGCGGCUAGCAGUGGCGAAGGCGGCUGUAGCGGCAGCAUGAAGCGGACCCCGACCGCCGAGGAACGAGAGCGCGAAGCUAAGAAACUGAGGCUUCUUGAGGAGCUUGAAGAUACCUGGCUUCCUUAUCUGACCCCCAAGGAUGAUGAAUUUUAUCAGCAGUGGCAGCUGAAAUAUCCUAAACUAAUUCUCCGCGAAGCCGGCAGCGUCCCCGAGGAGCUCCAUAAAGAAGUUCAAGAAGCCUUCCUCACACUGCACAAGCAUGGCUGCUUCUUUCGGGACCUGGUUAGGAUCCAGGGCAAAGAUUUGCUCACUCCGGUAUCUCGCAUCCUCAUCGGAAACCCAGGCUGCACCUACAAGUACCUGAACACCAGGCUCUUUACGGUACCCUGGCCAGUGAAGGGUGCUAGUACGAGAUACGAGGAGGCUGAAAUAGCGGCUGCUUGUCAGACCUUCCUCAGGCUCAAUGACUACCUGCAGAUAGAGACCAUCCAGGCUCUGGAAGAACUCGCCUGCAAAGAGAAGUCGAAUAUCGAUGCCGUGCCAGUGUGUAUAGGGCCAGACUUCCCCCGGGUCGGUAUGGGGUCCUUCGAUGGGCAGGAUGAGGUGGACAUUAAGAACAGAGCGGCGUACAACGUCACUUUGUUGAAUUUCAUGGAUCCCCAGAAAAUGCCAUACCUGAAAGAGGAGCCUUACUUUGGCAUGGGGAAAAUGGCCGUGAGCUGGCAUCACGAUGAAAACCUCGUGGAGCGCUCAGCGGUGGCGGUGUAUAGUUAUAGCUGUGAAGGCCCUGAAGAGGAGAGUGAGGAUGAUCCCCAGCUUGAAGGCAGAGAUCCUGAUACUUGGCAUGUUGGUUUUAAGAUCUCGUGGGACAUAGAGACACCUGGUCUGGCAAUACCCCUUCACCAAGGAGACUGCUAUUUUAUGCUUGAUGAUCUCAAUGCCACCCACCAACACUGCGUUUUGGCUGGUUUACCACCUCGAUUUAGUUCCACCCACCGAGUGGCAGAGUGCUCCACCGGAACCUUGGAUUAUAUCUUACAGCGCUGCCAGGUGGCUCUGCAGAAUGUCCGUGACGGGGCAGACGGUGGUGAUGUUUCUUUGAAAUCCUUUGAGCCCGCGGUUCUGAAACAAGGAGAGGAAAUCCACAAUGAGGUUGAGUUCGAGUGGCUGAGACAGUUUUGGUUUCAAGGCAACCGAUACAGAAAAUGCAGUGAUUGGUGGUGUCAGCCCAUGGCCCAACUGGAAGAACUGUGGAAGAAGAUGGAAGGUGUGACAAAUGCUGUGCUUCGUGAAGUUAGAAGAGAGGGGGUCCCCGUGGAACAAAGGAAUGAAAUCUUGACUGCCAUUCUUGCCUCGCUCACCACCCGCCAGAAUCUGAGGAGGGAGUGGCAUGCCAGUUUUCCCAAGACUCUGAGAUGUAUGCACCACCAUAUAACCCCGGGAGGUUUGGAGUGCCUCAGCUCGAGAUCAAGUCGCACUCGAUCCCCAUAAACACCCGCCUGCAUUCCUUGGGUACCGUGUACCUCCCGGACGUUUGACAGAUUCCUAAAGAUGCAGGGUAUGCUGAGCGGAUGAAGGUGAACGGCCACAGAGCACAAACUUCUGGAAUAAAGUGAUCCCCCGGGGAAUGCGAAGGUUCCCUGAAUUCUCCACAGCUCCAGAGAGAAGAUGGUUUUAUUUUUCCAGCUUGUGGAAUUUUGCUAACUGCAGCUUUGGUGGCUAGCGAAAAAAAAAAAAAAGUUUCCAACUUACUGGAGGGACCUAUUAUUGAAGGUGUUUGAUGUAAUUUCUGUUUGGCAAUGGCUGGGCCUCACAGGUAUUGAAAUUAGAAAUGUUUUUUGCAUUUUGCAAAGCCAUCCAUUAUAGACACCCUCUAUGUGAGCGCACAUGGCCACGCAAACUGGCUGUCAGAGCCUCCCAAGAAUGAUGCCAGGAGAAAUGUCAAAGACAAUGUCCUAUUCUUUGUCUCUUGAGAAAGAAGUCAUCGCCAGGUUGCUCAGGCAUGGAUGGAGUUGACUCUUCUCUGACACAUCACUCACAUCACAGUGAAGCUUUCAGAGAUUCCAAACAGGGAUUACAGUUCCCUCGAAGAAAAACACUGUCUGCUUAUUUUUUGCUCAUAUGAACAAGAUGGCUUCAAAUUUACAUAAUUAAAAUUCUGUCUUUCAGAUCGUAACAAUGGGUAAUUAACAUUGUUACUUGUCAGCUGGGAGAUACCUCGGGAGGAGGCUAUCAGAGCCCAGGCGUUUUAUUUUGGGCCGCAUCUCAUGGACAAUCAGGGCUAAUUGAAUCACCCCCAUCUCAUCGGCAAUGAAUGAGAGAACACUGAACGUUGCUAGCCCGGCUCACGAUCAACUCAGAAAGGCUGCUUGCUCAAACAAGCCUUGCGCGAGAUCAGAACCUCAACCCUGCGUCGAAGACAGCAGCCUGACAGUCUAAUUUAGAAGCGUUGCUUAAAAUCUUAAUCAGCGCGUUGAAAUUAACAGAGGCGAGUUUCGACACCAUGUUUGUUGUUUAUGGUUAUCAUUUUUAAUAAACGUUAAAAUGUUUUUACAGGUGUGGAAAAAAGGCACAUCCUGUGGCCACCGCUCUCCUACGUUCGUACUCUCUACCAAGAGAGAGAGAAAAAACAAAACAUAUGUCAUCGUCAAGAAUGAAGACGUAACGUAUUCAUCAGAGCUCGCCUUGCUUUUAUUUUGUGGUUCCCUGAAAGCUAUCUGCAGCCCUAAGCCCGGGCCCGUCUUCCCUGCCCAAGUGAUAUCUUGAUUGACACAUCUCCAAAUAAGCUUGCGAAUAGCUUUCGUAUUAGCCUCAGAAUAAUUCAGAUGUCAAAUUACGGCACGCAGACUCCCUGACUCCUCUCGAGCCCCAGAAUGAUUUUUUUUUUAAAUAUUUGGGAGAAAAUAUUAAAUUUUAUUUGGGUUGGGUCAAAGUUCAUAUCAUUUGGUAAUAAAGAGCCGCAGAGGGUGUUUGCACAGUGUGGGCCGCGUUGAUUUUAUUUUGUGCCACAGCUGCAGGUCAGGCUGACCCUUGGCCGGCAGUUUGGAGCGUGCAAGCCUGCAGACUCCCGGUACCUUUGCAGUUGGCCGUGGCUUUCCUCCGGACAGAAAAGGGAAUGAGAGAAGAAGGAAGGGAAGGAGAAGCAAUGCAUUUCCCUCUCUGCACAGGGAUCCUGGCUGAUGUCAUCUCUAAAUAUGCAGCUUUAAUUGCUCCUCUCUGGAGCUACAAGGGAAGCGGAGAUCUUAGUUACUUGUCUUCAUCACAGAUGAAACCAGCACAGCCGACCCAGCCCGGAUUCUCGUCCCGCAGACCAUACAGAAGCAUUUCUGGCAAGCAGGAAGGCAAAGCAGUGCGUGCCGGGCUGAUAAUGACCACUUUUCAUAAUAUUUGUUGGAUGCUCUGUAACGUGUGGCUGAGAAAACUCUCAUUAUUACUGGCUGUUGACGCAGCUGUAAAUAUUUAACCAAGGACGCUACCUGCUUUGUGGAAAGACUUGCUAAUUACACCUGCUUCUGUCUAUAAUUACAUAUUGUUGCAAAAUUCCAUGAUAAUGACACAACUGUGUCUUCCUCAUGCAAGAGGUAAAUUUAUACCAAGUACGGCACCUGAAUUUCCAUAAGCAAUUAGCCUACACAUUUAUAUCCCUGUGUUUUCCUGUGAUUUUAUUGAAAUGAAAGAUAAUGAAUUAAAUCCAAUUACAGCAAGAA